AUGAGGGCCCUGCCAUAUCUGCAUGACAUUGCAUUCCUGCUGGCUGGCUUCCUGUCCAGAUGCAUUCCUGCCCUAGAGUCACCGAGGAGACUGCCGCUUGGAAUUUGGCCCCACAUUCUCCAAAUUCAGGGUGGGGCUGUCGAGAACCUGGCACGGGGCUGUGUAGUGCCUGGAGUCACCAGCACCUACAGACGGAUUCCGGACGCCUCUCAAGAGUGCUCACUGGACUCCUGGGAAGGGGAUGGCAAGCUGAAAGGUCUCCAGAGGCAGGUGCCGCUUCUCAAACUGGCCUUCCUGGACUCAGGAGUGGAGAUGGCCGUUGGGAACAGCUCCCGGGCCACUUCUCGGGGCCUUUCUCAGGACUCUCUGGACAUUCAGCCUGUGGGGAAUCCUGAGCCCAUGGCUCUGCCCAUGGAGCCUUCUGCUCACCUGGGCCGGCUCCUGGCCAGCCAGAAGCUAGAGCAGGUGCUGGAGCGGUCCAGCCAGCUCCUGACUUCGCCUGCCAGCUUGUCACACCCCCACAGCUCCCUGAAGCCUACAAGGAAGCCUGAAUGUGAAAUGCCCUUUUUUGGAGCAAGGGACCAGGAGGCCACCAAGGCAGACACUGACCUAGAGGCAGGACCGGAAGAAGCAGAGGUGGCAAGGGGCGUGGGGCCUGAAGCCUGGGCCUGCCUUCCAGGACAGGGACUUCGCUACCUGGAACACCUGUGCCUAGUGCUGGAGCAGAUGGUGAGACUCCAGCAGCUCCACCUGCAGCUGCAGACCCAGAGGCCCCCUGGGGACCCUGUAGAGGAGGAAGAGGAGUCGACCCGGGCCCCUUCACCUCUACCCUCUCAUGCCCCAGGCGGUGAGGUGCAGGGGUCAUGGGAGCUGCUCAGCCAGAAAAAGGAGACAGGUGCAAAAAGAGCUUCACUCCCAAAGGUAGGGGUGCCCAGUGCCAACCCUUCCAGGCUGUCCAAGGCCCCAGCAGAGCCAGCUCACACCUUUCAAUCCUCCCAGAGUCACAAGCGGGAUCUCUCCCACUGGAACAAGGUCAAGGUCCUUCUCAAUCGGAUUCGCUGGAAGAGCCCUCAACACCCUGAGCCCCCUGCCCCUCCUGAUGGCCCUGCUUCCAGGAUUGAGUCAAGGGACCUCCCCGAAAGACCUCCAUGUCGCUCCCGCCGGAAGACCUUCAUGCCAUCAUUAGUGGUGAUGAAGCAACGAGCAAAAAACCUUUCUGUCUCCUGAGACCUCCUGGUGCAGGGACAUGACUCUGGGUGGAGGGGUGUGCAGUGAAGUCUUCUUCACCUUUUGCCCUGUUGCUGUUUUGGGGCACUGCCAGGAAAAGCUGCUGAUCCUCACCCUUCUCUCUGAGGUGAGGGCUGAGUCUUUCUCCUCUGAGCAGCUUGGCAGAGAGACCCCAAGGUGUGGCAGCUCCUGGGCGCCUCCCUGGCUGCCAGAAAUCCCUGAGCUUAGACAAUGUGAACUAAUUUACCAGGCAUCCAUGGGGUGUCUUUGGCAUGGUGAUCUGUUGGGGCCCAGUGUGUUGCAGAUGUGAAUAUAUGCAAAAUGAUAUAUACAUGUA